AUUUCGUUCCUUCCCCUCACCCACACUCUCCCUUUCUUCCAUUCUCUGCGUAGAAUUUUCCGAUUCUCAAUUCUCCAAUACUUUCUCCAUCAAAUUCUAAACCCUAAAAUUUCCCAAACUCCAAAUGAAAUGGAUGCGUCGUUAGGGGACGGCAGCUCCUGGGAUUUUCUUGAUUAUAGCUUCAUUGACGACAACCCUUCCCCCGAAUUCUGUUUGCCCAAUCACGGUGCUAGCGUGGACAUUGAUUUAUCGUCCGGGCCACAGAGAGACUGCCCGGAAAGAGGGUGUUCACGGAAGAGGGCGCGCAAUGAUUCAUGCAGCAGGCCAGUAUCUAAAGCUUGUCGUGAGAGACUGCGAAGGGAAAAAUUGAAUUACAGAUUUAUAGACUUGAGUUCUGUUUUGGAUCCUGAGAGAACGGUCAAAAUGGACAAGCAUGCCAUACUUGAUGAUGCAAUCAGAAUUUUGAACCAACUCAGAUCUGAAUCUCAAGAACUUAAAGCAACAAAUGAAAAACUACUGGAAGAAAUAAAAAAUUUGAAGGCAGAGAAGAAUGAACUACGUGAAGAGAAGCUUACGCUGAAAGCAGACAAGGAAAGGAUGGAGCAGCAAUUGAAAGCUAUGGCUAUUCCGCCUGCUGGGUUUAUGCCAGGCCAUCCAGCUGCAUAUCAUUCUGGGCCAAACAAGAUGGCGGUUUGGCCCAGCUAUGGUUUAGUUCCAAUGUGGCAAUACUUGCCUCCAGCUGCCCGUGAUACAUCUCAUGAUCAUGAGCUCAGGCCACCUGCUGCGUAGUUAUUUAACAUCGGUGUUAGAUGCAUUCUUUUACUGUCGUUCAACAUUUUUGUUACCCGUUGACAUGUAUAUAGCUGCUGUUUCAGUAGGCCUCCUGAUUUUUAAAUUCAGCUAUUAACAAUUACAUGCAGCAUUGGCGAGAUGAGUGGGUUGGUGGCUUUCUCUUCUAAAAUGUAACCGUUUUAGGCAACUGUCUGUGAUUUUAAGUGCACACCAAGUAAUUCUGUCCCA